UUGGAAGUUGCGAUUGUGGUUACGUUUAUAUUAUUAGUUCUAAUUAAGAAUACUUUUUAUUAUAAGGAAACAAAUCAAAGACUAAAAUACUCUUUUGAUUUGUCUAUUUCCAUCAAUUCAUACUGAUGUACAUAAAGAAUAAGCCAUGACUGUGAGAGAGUGUUAUUGUGUUGAACUGUCGCCCAGCAAAAAAUCGAUUUACGGAUUGAGAAUGAGACAAAUAUUGUUAGUACUGGUAUUUACCAGUAUAAUGAUUAGUUCUUGUGUUGCUGAUUUGGAACUAUCAUGCACAAACGUGCGAAAUAUCUUGGAAAAGAAAGGAAUGUUGUCGGUAGUGGACAUACAGGAGCAGCCUAACUCAGAUGCGGACGGUUUAUGCGGGACGCACGGGUGCUGCGGCGCAGCGGCGCGCGUGCCGCUCACGCAGCAGGCGCGCCGGCAGCUCGAGGACGCGCUGCGCAGCGAGCUCGGCAAGCUGGCGGACGUACUUAGCAACAGGGCCAAGCGGUUUGACGACUUCUUCCGCAAGCUGCUGCAGAUAUCGCGGGAGGGUUUCCACGCCAUGUUCAAGCGCACGUACGGGAUGAUCUACGAGCAGCACUCGUACGUCUUCGAGCAGCUCUUCGAACAGCUCGAACGGUACUACACUCUCGGCGACACCAACUUCGAGCACAUGAUGGAUCAUUUCUUUGGCAUACUUUACCAGAAGAUGUUCAGCGUGCUCAAUGCUCAGUACAGUUUCGAUGAAAAGUACUUAAAAUGCGUGAACGAGCACAUGCGCGAGAUCCAGCCGUUCGAGGACGUCCCGCACAAGCUGUCGGUGCAGCUGCGGCGCUCCUUCGUGGCCACGCGCACCUUCCACAAGGCGCUGCGUGCCGGCGCCGACGUCGUGCGCAACAUGAUGCAGGUGGGCGUGGGCGAGGAGUGCGCGGCGGCGUGGGCGCGGCUGCGCUGGUGCGGCGCGUGCGGCGCGGUGGCGGCGCCCGCCUGCAGCCGCUACUGCCACAACGUGCUGCGCGGCUGCCUGCCCGCGCACGCCGACCUCGCCGACAACUGGGACGCCUACGUCGACGCUGUGGAAAAAGUAGCCGAUCGACUUCUUGGUCCUUUCAAUAUCGCCAUGGUGGUAGAACCGAUCGACAUAAAGAUAUCAGAGGCCAUAAUGAGCUUUCAAGAGCACAAUCAAGAGAUCUCCCAGAAGAUCUUCGCCGGGUGCGGCAAGCCGGUGCUGGGCGGCGGCGGUGGCGGCGGCGGCGGCGGCGGCGGCGGCGGCGGCGGUGGCGGCGGCGCCUUCUUCGCGCCCGAGCGCAGCCGCCGCUCGCCGCGCGCGCUGCCGCCCCCGGCCCGCCUCCGCCCCGCCGCUAAUGACGUUGACGAUUUCGAGAUCGAAGCGUCCUUCGAGAGUCUAGUCAACGACGAUCCUUCCCUCCUCAGCCUGAGGACACCAGAAGGUAUCAAAAAGAUAACGGACGAGAUGGCCGAACACGCCAAGUCGAGAGAGCGAUUUUUGCUAUAUAUGAGGGGAAAUAUCGAUUUAGAAGCGUACGAAGAACACGAGAGACGAAAACGUGACGCGGAGCCUGAACCCGCCGGAGGCGCUGAGAUUGACUUCAGGUCGUACGAGUUCGCCGGCAAACGGGGUUCCAAGAAGAAGAAGCCCGCCGCCAAGGCGGAAGACGGCCACGGGUCGGAGUGGGCGGGGCCGGCGCUGGAGAAACUGGUGCGCGAGACGCGGCUGCGCGUGCGCGCCACCCGCCACUACUGGAGCCACCUGCCCGCGCUGCUGUGCAGCCCCGCCAGCGUCACCAGCGCGCCCUGCUUCAACGGCACGCACAGCGCCAGUUAUACGUUGAGUUCGGCGGGCGAGGGUAGCGAAGCGCUGGCUGCCAACCCGGAGGUGCGCGGCGCGGCGCGCGCACCAGCCACCGUGGCGCGCGCGCAGCUCGACGCGUUGCCCGCGCUCACCGCGCGCCUCAAGGACGCCUACAACGGCGUCGAAGUGCAGUGGAAAGACGACAGUGAUUCUCUGGCGGCAGCGGAGUCGCAAAUGCACUCGCUGACGGAGCCGGGGUCGGGGUCGGGGUCGGGCGACGACGCCGACGACGAGGAAGGCCGCGACCGGCUGCCCGACGACGACGAGGACCGCGACCCGCCCACAGACUAUCCUGAAGGGUCGGGCGAGAGUCCGCGUCGGGACGACGAAGACUCGCUGGAGACGGAGAUGGAGGAGCCGUCGGGCACCGAGCGGCCCGCGCUAGGGCUGCCGGGCGUGGUGGACAGCCCCAUGUCCAACAACGUGCAGGUGCGCGGUCACGUGGGCCCGCCGCCCGCGCCGCCCGCACCGCCCGCACCGCCCGCGCCACCCGCCGCCGGCGCCGCCGCCCCCGCCCCCGCUCGCCCCUCGCUGCAGAAGGCGCUCUUCACCUACGCGCUGCCGGUCGUCUGCGCGUGGUUCGGCACCAUCAUCACCGACUUGAUAUAACCGCACCCCUCGUUACUUCAGUGUUGGACUUGUUACUUGAUCGAUCGUGCGAGCGGCCGUUGCGGACGUGUGCUGGUAGAGUAGUACUGGCUAGUUCAAUCUGCUAGUGGCGUCUGACCUCGAAGUGUAUUAUGAAUUUCCACACGUGACGUUUCGGAUAAACUGAAGAGAAUGAAUCGGAUAGUAGUAUCCUAGUCAGUAAAAGCGGAAGUCGAAUGGCGUGUGAGCGCUACUGUGAUAAAAAGAAGUGAACAGGUUAUGCCUAUGCCUACUAAAAAUAUAGGAAAGAAUGUCUGAGCAUGAACUUCCUAGAAAAUUAGCAAAACGAUUUACUACCACUGUGAAAUAUAGUGGGUUUUAUAUUUAUUCUUUUUUUUAUAUUAUUAUGUCCUGGUUUUUUUACUCAUCAAUUUUUAAAUGACGCAUGAAUAUUGUUGUUAGUCGCGUGGACGGACCUGGUGGCUCGGUGUUGCCACCGUACAGUCACCGCCGACUGGAAAUGGUCACCCCUGACAAAAUCCCUGAGGGUGUAUCAGUUAGAUUUAGUUUGGCAUCGAAAUAAAUCCAUAUGAGUGGCUGAAUAUACAAUACCUAUACUGCCACUUUGCCACUGUCGAGCACAUUUUAUUAUUGUGCAUGAAGUAUAUAAUUUAACUUAGCUAGUGAAUGUAAUAUGUCUAUUGUUAUGCGUCAGAUUAAUGUAUGUAUGUAUACUAUUUAGUGAGUCUGUGUGAAAUGCUAAUGAUGAAAAUUGGGAUGUUUAUGUGUAUUUCUCCAUAUUAAAUAUUUAUACAUAUUUUAUGUAUACAUACCUACUUAUUAUUAGCCAUUACUUUUAAUUCUAAGAGUAAAUCCACAUAAUGACUUUUUUACGUUAAAAAUGACUUAACUAAAAUGUACAUAUAAAUUAGACUUAAUAUUAAAAUUAAUUUAAGAGACUGAUUCGCUUUCGUUUAUUUUAUAUACAUAAUAUAGCUAAUUUUAUUUGACCAUAAGCGACGGUUAAGCAAAAAAUAUUGUGAUGUAACUAUAUCGCUUUUAUAUCAUAUUUGUAUUUUAUUGUUUUUUUUUAUCGAUGAAUUUGAUGUACAGUACAUUUUGGUCACCUUGUGUCCGCAGCGCUGUCCGUCGCCGCCGCCGACCGCCGCGCGGUCUAUAGUCUAUGACAAAGCUUGCAGUCGUGCAGUGUGAAGUGAGGUGCUCCUUCAUUCUGAUAAGGUUCACCAUCUCGAGCCAGACGCAUGACCUAGUGGAUAUUAUGUACAUGUUUCUAUUAACCUCAAGCUUUGCCAUACUAAAACAAAAAAGAAACGCACAAUCAUAAAUAAUGUGCAAACUAAUAUCAAAUGUUUUGGUUAUAUAGCAUUAUUUCCAUGUCAUAAAUGUAAGAUUAAAUUUAAAUAUUAACCCCGUACCAUGCACUCUUGUCUGCAGCAGUUUAGGCCCAAAGCCUGCCUCGGAACAAUUAUGAUAUCAGAAUCAUUAAAUUCAACAAAAAAACCGGUCAAGCGCCCAGGGACUGGUGCAAGGCCGUCAUUGUACCUCUUUACAAAGGAAAGGGAUCACAACUGGAUUGCAAAAACUACAGAGGCAUUAGCUUACUCAGCGUCGUCGGCAAAUUGUAUGCAAAGAUAUUGAUUGAAAGAGUAGUGAAAGAAACCAAUGAGAAAGUAUGGGAUGCACAAGCGGGAUUCCGAAAGGGUAUGGGAUGUACGGAUCAAGUCUUUUCCUUGCGAUGCAUAGCCGAAAAGUAUUUGGCCAAAGGUCAGAAGGUCUAUUGCGCUUUCGUGGAUUUGGAAAAGGCUUAUGACAGAGUGGUGAGGAAUGAACUUUGGUCGGUACUGUCGCUGUAUGGAUUGAGCGGCCGUCUCAUUCAGGCACUGAAAUCGCUCUAUGAGGAUUCCAGUGCUUGUGUGAGAGUAAACGGGUCGUACACUGAGUGGUUUAGCGUCGAAAAGGGUGUUAGGCAGGGAUGUGUAGCGUCACCGUGGCUGUUUAAUCUGUUCAUGGACAGUAGUUUGCAUGAUUUGAGAAAUGAUGAAUGUGGGCUGAGAAUGAGUGGUUUACCCGUCAAAUGUCUUCUUUACGCUGAUGACCUGGUAUUGCUAGCGUCAUCGGGUGAAGAGUUGCAGGAGAUGGUAACUAGAAUGCAUGGAUCUUUUGAAAGGAAAGGAAUGAAAAUAAAUGUAAGUAAGACGAAAGUUAUGGUAUUUGAAAAGGAGGAAUAUAUGACAAACUGUGAAAUUUUGAUUGGUCAAGAAAGAGUAGAACAAGUGAAAGAGUUUGUGUAUCUGGGAACAUUAUUCACUAGGGACGGUAAGCAUGAUAAAGAUAUUGAAAGGAGAGUGAGUGCUGGAAAUCGCGUGAAUGGGGCACUUAACGCUUUUAUGAGCAGCCAGAAGGUGUCGCAAAGGGCACGUUUGGCUGUGCAUAGAGGGGUGCUGGUGCCUACACUUAUGUAUGGUAGCGAAAGUUGGGUAUGGCAGAAGAGGCAUCAGAGCCAAGUGAAUGCAGUGGAAAUGAGAGCGUUGAGAAGUGUGUGUGGUGUGAGAUUACAAGAUAGAAUUAGGAACAGUGUGAUCAGGGAAAAGUGUGGACUGAGCGAAGAUGUAGUGACAACAAUUGAGAAAGGUAUGUUGAGAUGGUUUGGACACGUGGAAAAAAUGAGUGAAUGAAGGCUAACAAAGAGAGUGUAUAUGGGAGAGGUAGAAACGGGAGUUGGAAGGGGCAGACUUUCUCUGAUCAGAUCGGGAAAAUCCUGAAGAAAGGCCAGGUCAAGAGCACCCUAAACCGGCGAGCGUGUAUGAGGAAUGUUAUGAAAGUGAAGGAAGCGAAAGAGGUAUGUCAGGAUCGUAGCAAGUGGAAAUCCGUGGUCUCUGCCUACCCCUCCGGGAAAUAGGCGUGAUUAUAUGUAUGUAUGUAUGUAACAAAAAAAUGUUUUCCGUUCAAGGACAAGUCACCUCGCCAAGCGACGCGCCCUCGACCCGCGGUCCACUAAUAACAAGUGUGCCUGCCAAUUCCUACAAUUGUUAUCAGAUACAUGUAUUUGUUUAAUAUUGCUAUAAAACAGCUGUAUACUUAUACCUCUUGAUUCAAACGGAAUCCACAUUAAUAAAUAGUAUUUUAUACAAUCGUGAUAUAAUAGAGAGCUUUUCAGUCGAGUACCGUGUUUAAGCAACGAAGCUUAAGCUUAAGCUUAAGCUAUACUUUUUCUACGAGACAAAAAAAUAAUACUUUCAACUAGUAGAAUCAUAUACUUAAGUAAACAAACCAAAAGUAUACAGCUAAGAUACGCGAGCUGCCGCGACCCGCGAUACCUUCAUACUCGUGCGCGCCCCGGCCGCCGGGCCCGGCGCCCCCGGCGGGUUGGUCAACGACACUUCCUCGUCACUCAUGAGACCCUGGUACCUGCUCCGCGCUAAAUUCAAUUUUAAGACAGUUUUUUUCUCGAUUUUGGCCACCGUAGCCUAUGGAGGCUAACAAGCAACGCUAAGCGGUUUUCGUAGGAUAUGGAUGUUGCUAUAUGAAGGGUGUCACAUGCGCGUUUACGACUUAUGAAGCAAUUGUUGGCCAACCAAUCACAAAGCAGAUACGACGCAGCAGCGUGUUUAAGUAGACUAAUUUGCAUUGAAUCGAGUCUCGUUAAACAAGAAAUAUUUUACUGAAAUGUAUGAAGUUCUAUUUUCAAAAAUUUUAUAAUUGACUAAACCGUAUCGAUAAAAUUCUUAUGCUUGAGUCGGAAGUGCCAUAGACUACCCAACGUUGAAAAGAGUAAGGUUGUAGUGUUGCAUGUAAAGUCGUAAUACACAGAUUAUACUCGACGAGUAGAAAAACAUAUAUAGUGAGUUGCACGUGACACGACACGACACGACACGAGUACGCGGGCUAGGUAUAUUUAUUGCCAGCUGAAGCGCGAUAUGUGAGAGCUACGGGACCAAAUUAAUAAUAUAUUAUAUGCCUGAUUUGUGUGCCAUUGUGCUUAUUGUAUAUUAUCUAUUAUUUACUAUGUACCUUUGUGUUAUUCCAAAGGAAUUGUUGCACAGAAAAAAAAGUAAUAACGUCUCGCUCAUAUAUACGUAUAUGUAGGUAACGAAGCGCAGCUGUAUAGAAACGCAAAUUGUCGCAUUCUGAAUAUGAGGAGGUUACGUGAGGCUUUGGCUAUUGGUUGGUUUACAAGAGUCGACGUCGCUAUACCUACAACAUUUACUUGAAAUCGAUUUAGUAAUCUAAAACCUAUACACAACUUUUACUAGUAGUUACAAGCUUUAACCUUUUCGACGCUGUGUCAAACACAAAAGCUGUCACUCGGACGCCACGUCACCGAAGUCUCAAAACUGAAAUUGAACUUUAUGCACACGCACGUAGGUCUAUGUUGCCCUGUGGUCUGUGUCCGAUCAAUCCGUCUUUGGCGUUGGACCUGCGGUCCCGAUAUAUUCGUCAUUGGCGUCCAAAAGGUUAACUGUGUUACAAGAAUCGUUGUGUGGUUUUCAGAAUAAGAUAACGCAAACUGGUAGCAAUUUAAACAUUUUGUAAUUCAGGCUUUCGUUCGUUAAAAUAUAAAUUAGUAAAGAGUAGAAAGAAUCCUGAAACAAAAGGAAGUAAUUCAUGAAUAAAAAUAGUUUUAAAAUAAGAGGCGUCAGGGCUUUUUCACAAGUCAAUAGUGGGUCAAUGGUAGUUUUAUAAUAAUAAGUACCAUAGUAGCACAAUCGGAUUAGGACUAACCUCGAAAUCUCUUCCAAAGUUAUGAAAUUUGGUAUGUAUGUUAAUUAAAGAUCUCUUUUUCAUGUCCACGCUAUUUGACAUUUGGGGACCUCGAGGAAUCGCAGCCAUCUUGGAAAAUGUGUACCAUCCUGGAGAAAUUUGCGCUUCACUCUAAAUCUACGUUCUCUGUGAAAAUAUGGUGUAUGGUGAAAUCUGGAUUCAGCUAUUAUUUUCUAUAACAAGAUUUAUUUUCUCCGCAAAGAUAUCUAGGACUUUUUUGUGUAGAAUUUAAUAAGCUUUAAUGUUACCUUACACCAUAUUUUCACAGAGAACGUAGAUUUAGAGUAAAACGUAAAUUUCUCCAGGAUGGUACACAUUUUCCAAGAUGGCUGCAAUUCCUUGAGGUCCCCAAAUUUUAAAUAGUGUGAACAUGAAAAAGAGACUUUUAAUUGACAUACAUACCAAAUUUCAUAACUUUGGAAGAGAUUUCGAGGUUAGUCCUAAUCCGAUUGUGCUAUAGUGCGAUAGUCUCAUUAAGUAAACGUCCACACACGUCAACUUACUCUAUCUUAUUCUGAAUACCACUUUAGGAUAUGAAGUUGGACAUACAUCGGUGGAGGUUACUAAAGUAGAUGGUCUAACUAAGCCAGUAAAUUGAAGGCUUUCAUUAAUAUAUAAACAUUAUUUUAUUUAUAACCUUAUAAUAAAUUGAAGAGGCAAACCAGAACUACGGUUUUCAUCUCUCAUCAGAUUUUAACUGAACAAUUUGUAACACUGUAUAGACUUAAUGUAAAUAUCGUAUUUAAUGUUAUAUAAAAUUAUGUAAUUAAACUACUUUCAUGAAAACUGAAUGUGGCUAGUAGUAGUUUUUAUACAGUUAACGAAACAGGGUACAGAGUUGAUUCAUUAAAGCUACAGCGAUAGUGCAGGAUUAAAUAUUGCCACGGCCUAACAGUUUCCCCGGCGCGCGGGUCGGCUGCACGCGCUGCUAUCUAAACAGUAUCGCCGGCAUGCGGGUCGGCUGUCGGCAGUGUCGGCUGCACGCGCUGCUAUCUAAACAGUAUCGCCGGCAUGCGGGUCGGCUGUCGGCAGUGUUGGCUGCACGCGUUGCUAUCUAAACAGUAUCCCCGGCAUGCGGGUCGGCACUCGGCAGUGUCGGCUGCACGCGCUGCUAUCUAAACAGUAUCCCCGGCAUGCGGGUCGGCUGUCGGCAGUGUCGGCUGCACGCGCUGCUAUCUAAACAGUAUCCCCGGCAUGCGGGUCGGCACUCGGCAGUGUCGGCUGCACGCGUUGCUAUCUAAACAGUAUCCCCGGCAUGCGGGUCGGCACUCGGCAGUGUCGGCUGCACGCGCUGCUAUCUAAACAGUAUCCCCGGCAUGCGGGUCGGCUGUCGGCAGUGUCGGCUGCACGCGCUGCUAUCUAAACAGUAUCCCCGGCAUGCGGGUCGGCACUCGGCAGUGUCGGCUGCACGCGCUGCUAUCUAACUGCUACUGCAAUCUACAUAACUAUAUCGCCAUACGCCAUACGCCAUACAAUAAGUAGCGCGGUGCCCAAUCUCCUUUUUUAUGACUUCUGAAGUACUUUUAUGUUUUCGUCACUUUCAAUUACUUGGGGGUUUGAGAAAAAAAAUACUAUUUACUUUAUUGUGGGUUAUUUCCAGUAGUUACCACUGGUAACAACUUGGUGGUAACUAGUGGAAAUAACCCGGAAAUCCUUGUAUGGAGUGGGCACUAAGCUUAUUUCUUUAUAGCAAGACAUAAAUUAUUAGCCUGCGGAGGCUGUUGAUCCCUCCUGCGUAUUGUUAUACGUUUGUGGGCACGGUUUUCCGGUUGGAUUAGUUAAGCAUAUUUCAUUACACUCAACAUAUAAUUUUGAACGUCACCCUAAGAAAUAGUUAUUAAUUGUAAUAGAGGAAAAUCUAAGAAAAAAACGUGCCUCUUAUUUUGAUAGCCAGCCAAAUGAGCCGAAACAGAUUACGUAUGCGGAGUGAAUUCUGGAUAAAGUUUUGAACAUGUAAAAAGUAAACAAAAAAUUAAACUAAAAUUAUAUCCAACUGCCAGUUUAAAGUCUAUAUAUCUGUCAAUUAAUCCGGUAAGUUUCAUGGGCAUUGGAUUAUUUCUCUUGAAAUUGUGGUCAAUCUAGAACACCAUCGCGAAACUGUAUGUAAUUUCUCCAAGCCUUCUUAAACCCUAUGGCCGAAAACGAAGAUAGUGGAACAUUUUGUGGAAGCGGGUUAGAGGUAACGAUAUGUUUAUAAUAUUUUUACAUACUUGUUCUUUAAAAAAAACUACGGCAAUAAAGUCUGGUUCAGGUAAACCUUCCAGCAUUAGCCAGUUUCCUGGGAGAGAUCGAUUGAAGAAAAUGACGGCCCGCUGAGUCACAAAAUCUUACAUAUACAAGAAAAGUUAAGGUCACCGUAUCCGAAAAUAAAAAUAAAUAACUUUGAAAAUGUCGGUACGUCAUACCGAUCAAAAUGUGUAAAAAACAGCUGUUUUUGCGUAAUGGGAUUUAUGGGGGACUAAUCUUAUGUCACUUAAAAUGGAAAUUUAUGGCAAGGUCACUAUUAUUUUGAGAACACCAAUGGUCCAACGGACGAGAAUGUGAAAUAUGUCGAGCAUACGAAGUUUCCUAAAAAAGUUUUCCUAAGGAAGAUACAAUUUUAACUAAAAAAAAUGACAACAUGCGUGUUUUCGACACCGAUGACUUUAAAGUACCACAACUUCCGUUAAAAAUCUCGCAUUUGAGUAAACUUUAUCUUGCAUUUAACGUUAUUAAAUACAUUAUUAAAAUACAUGAAAAUUUAUGAAAAGUAACCAUGUUGUUUUUAUUUAAUACGACAUUGAAUUUUGUCCAGAUUUCACUCCGCAUAUGUUAAGCGAUGUACUGUACCAUAUGUUUUAUGGUCACUUAAUUGCCAAACCAUUGCCAAACGUUAACUUUUGACAACCAGUGUUACCGCAUAAUGUACGGAGCCUUACGACGCCAUCUACAUCACCUGUCAAAUUUGAGGCACGAAUGUGUGUUAGGAUGGUAUCGCACCUGUCCAAUUUCUUUGUCCAAUGUGCAUUGCGUCUCACUCUCUUGUUAGGCAAGAUGUGAGACGCAGAUACAUAUUGGACCAAGAAAUUGGACAGGUGCGAUACCACCCUUAGGCUUUAUAAUUUAUAUAAAUGAUAUAUAAAUAAAAUAAAAUAAAAACUGUAUUCAUCCUUUUCUUUUGGGUGCUAGUAAGACAAAGAUAGUAUGAUUCUCUCUGUCUAUGUUUGAAAUGAGACAGUCCUUUGACAAACUAUAUCUUACAUAAUAAUAGAUAUUUGCCAGCUUUAGCUUGUUUCAAGCACGACGUUGCUUUCUCAUUGUAGGACAUCGCCGUUGGCGCUUGGCGCUGUGCUGCCUGUGCUUAUAAAACUUGCGGCUAUGCUAAUAGCUACUGUAUCGGUCGCUGGUGUGGCGUGGCGUGGCGUGGCGUCCAACAUGCUUAUAUAGUAACCACAAUACUAACCAUUGUGUCGCAUAUUCUUGACCUAAAAAGUGCAAAAAUAUACAAUUAGUUCAAUAAUCGAUUGUGAGCAGUGCGCAGUGCGAGUCGAGUAUGUUUGUUAUGUUAGGCUGUGGCAUUCAUAAAUGAUAAAUAUAUGUCAUGCAUGUUAUAAAUGUAUUAAUACAGCACUGGAAACUGCUCAUAUUUACACAGUAGGUAUCAUUAAAAUGGCCCACUGACGUAAAGUACAAUUUGUGUCGCCAGAAACACCAGCCGGUUUGAAUGCCAAUGGGGAGUCUAGUCAAACAGUGUAAUGGCAUUGGAACUGAUCGCAUGGUACGAGUCAUGUACGAGUACUCGUAUCGGGCAGUUUCCGAGUACACGCCCGAGACCGGAGCGUUCAUUGUAAAUUGUAGUAAAAAGUUAUCUCAGUCGGUAUUGCAAUGGUGUUUUGGAAAUAUAUAUAUAGUAGAUAUUAUUAUAUAUAAUUUAAGAUCAGAAAUAAACAAUAACAUGUGGAA